UUACAACUAAGACUCGGCUAUGUGUAAUUAAGUUACUGAUAUGGAAAGGAGAGUUAAACUGAAGUCCAUAAACCCGCAUAUAACCUGCAAAAUUUGCGGUGGUUACUUCAUAGACGCCACUACUGUCACAGAAUGUUUACAUACCUUCUGCAAAAGUUGUUUAGUCAAACAUUUGGAGGAGAAGAAAACGUGUCCCACUUGCGAAAAUGUCAUCCAUCAGUCCCACCCGUUACAGUAUAUCAGUUUCGAUCGUACCAUGCAAGAUAUUGUUUACAAACUUGUGCCAAAUCUACAAGAAGAUGAAAUGCGAAGAGAGCGUGAUUUUUACAAGAGUCGCAAUAUGGCAUGUCCCAAAGAUUUGCCUCAAAAUCACGAAGACGAUAACGAAAAGGUUAUGGAAGCGCAUGCUGAAUCCGAUUUCCACAGAUUGGACGAACAAGUCAAUGUAUGCCUAGAAUGCAUGAGCAAUAAUUUCAAAAAUUUGCAAAGACGUUUCAUACGCUGCAGUUCCCAAGCAACUAUCACACACCUAAAAAAGUUGGUAGCAAAGAAAAUAUUGAAUGGCAUUGAUAAAUAUCGAGAGAUUGACAUUUUGUGUAAUGAGGAGUUAUUGGGAAAGGACCACACACUGAAAUUCGUUUAUGUAACACGUUGGCGUUUUCGUGAUCCGCCUUUGAGAUUGCAAUUUCGACCUAGAGUAGAGCUGUAGACUAAAAUAUGGUGUUCAUCAAUG